GACAUGACCCUACCUGCGGUCCUAUCAAAAGAGAGCCUCUCUUUUGGCUCCCAAUUGCUUUGCCACCACUCCACACCCGCAGAAUGGUCAUGCAAGGCGCUCGUUUGUCCAAGUUUGCCAACACGCAGCGGCCUGCGAAGGAAAGGAGCGUCUGUUAGAUGUUGUCCUUCACUUCAAGCUGCAAAUAGAGGUGCACGCUUCCUGAAGACUUCAGAAAGGGUGCAAGGCUCACGGAAGGUGGCGUGGGGCCAGCCAUCCGUGCCGUUGAGCUGGCAAACUUGUCAGCGGAGGGAACAUCAAAGAGACUCCCACUACAGUGCCAGUGCUUCCGGCCAGGAGUCUACUGUAGUCUCAGAAAGUGUUGAAGGAAAAGAUGGUGUAAAGGCCACACCUGAGCCGUACAAGGAUGGGCCAAUGGAUGUGCUUUUCUUCAAAGCCUUUAGGAGGGCCAUGGUCAGGGAGGCUGGCUGGGACUCCCCCGCCCCAGGAUAUGAUGGUCUCAUCGAGGUGGCUCGCAAGCUUGUGGCCAGGCACAAGUCCCGCGAGGAAACAGAAGAUGCCGCAGUGCGAAUACUGCAGUCCCUGUUUCCCCCUUUUCUUCUUCCCGCCUUUCGAAAGAUCAUCACACCGUUGGGAGACGGCCGGCCUGCAGCGGUGCUGACUGCCUGGGUCACGCAGUGGUCGUGCCAGUGGCUCAUGGGUCGGUGUCAACUGAACGACGUGCAACUCGCGGACGGCACCACUCAGUGGAGCGGCGUCCUCGUCGAGAAGUGCAAGUAUUUAGAGGAGAGCGGAUGCGCGGGGAUCUGCGUGCAUACGUGCAAGAUGCCCACUCAAGCUUUCAUGAAGAACGACAUGGGCAUCCCUCUUACGAUGGAGCCUAACUACGAGGACUACAGCUGUCAAUUCAACUUUGGCGUCGAGCCCCCAUCACGAGAGGUAGAUGAAGCGCUCAAAGUCGGCUGCUUAUCAAUAUGCCCAACUGCAAAAGCAUCGUCUGUUCUUGCCAAACAGUGCCCACAAGUUGCUGUACUUUGAUAGUAUACUUACACGCAGGUGAAUUCUGUGCGUUUAGUGACCCGAAGUGAGAAGAGGGCGCUCCGACGCUUUGACAGGCUUCAGGCUUGGAAUAAAAGUGCCAGAUCAUGCCUGGCCGUUGCUGUACUAGGCUAAGUCGGAGCCUGAGGCUCGUACGUCGUCAGCAUGAAAUUCACAGAGGGACGGGCACAACAGUUGCGCUUUGUGGGGCCCGCGGCGAGCCAUGCCCGGCAAGAGCUCUGCUGCACGCAAAGAUUCAAAUCACAGCUAAAUAUCGG